AUUUAUUUUGCAGCUGGCCUUUGUGCAGGAUGUCAGGCCACAGUAAAAGAAUUGUCAAGGACUUUGAAACAUACAACAAAUGAGCCAAUCAACAAACGAGUUCCAAUGCUAAUGUCAACUGUCUGCAAGAAGGAAAACUUUAAGCACUAUGAAAUUACUCCUUCAGUCAUUGAGGAAGCCUGCAAAUUAAUAAUGAAAAACAAUGGAACAGCUAUAGAGUCUACCCUAGUGAACUACUACAAUGCCAAAAAUCGUAAGCACCACUCUUACCUGGAUAUAGUUCAGACGAUCUGUAACGAGGUCACCAACUCCUGUCCUGGUGGAGCAGGAACCACUGAGGAGGUCCCAAAACAAGGAGGAAUCGUGUAUAACAGAGAGACUGAUGAUUUUGACAUCAUACCAGGAAGUAAUGUUAAGAUGAUACGGCCCACCAAACAGUCAACACACGAGGAACUGUAGCAGACAGAGACUCUUUACAGCAUGGCCUUCCAACUGAAAUAAACAAGGAUCUGUAGAAAUCCAGCAAUUUAAGAUAUAUUGCAAAUAUAUCAAAUUUCUUCAUCUGUGAUAUCAUAUGUAACAUGAUGCAUUUAAGUUUGUCGUAGUAAUACAUUAAAGUAUUUUUGUAUGAAGCAUUUUAGACAUACAUGUAUUUUUAUACAAUAUAAAUUCUUAUUAAUAGUUUGCCUAAUAUCCUCUUCAUGUGUGUGUGUGUGUAAUUUUUCUACUCUCUGUUUUUCUUCAUAUUUUAUAGUAAAUGAGUUAGUAGUGGUGCCAAUGUUUAUUGUAAAAACACCACUUAACCAUGUCUACAGGGUGAUGCUAAAUCCAUAUUUUACUAUUGCAUAUCUACAACCCUUCUGUGAUACACAAUUCUACUGUAUACUUUUCUGUAUUUUUAUUUUUUGCAAUUUUUGUAGAAUAAAUUAUUGAACCUAU